AUCCCCCCCCCUCCCUCCUGUCGCCAGUCCCUCGCUCCCUCUUGUCCUGAUGCCCAUGUCCCUCCAUCCCGUCCCCCUUUGAGUCUGGGGGCGUCUCUGGGCUCCCGACCCUCGCCUCGCUGCCCGGUCCCUCGACCACCUGGACCCGGGCUGGGCCGGAGAAGGGGUUCCCCCUCCUGCCCCCCAGCAUGUCCCGGAGGAAGCAGAGCAAACCCAGGCAGAUCAAACGGCCCCUUGAAGAUGCCAUUGAAGAUGAAGAGGAAGAGUAUCUGUCUGAGGAAAAUGACAUCACCUCAAAAGGAGACUUUCCAUUGGAGGAAAGCUUUUCCACAGAAUUUGGGCCUGAGAAUCUGAGCUGUGAAGAAGUGGAAUACUUUUGUAAUAAAGGUGAAGAAGAGGGGAUCCAUGAAGCAGCAGAAUUAGAUGGGGACACAUUGUCAGAAAAACCCGUGCAACUUGGUGUGGAAACAGAUGACUGGGAUGGUCCAGGAGAGUUGGAGGUGUUCCAGAAGGAUGGAGAACGGAAAAUUCAGAGUCGUCAGCAGCUUCCGGUUGGAACAACAUGGGGACCUUUUGCUGGGAAGAUGGACCUGAAUAAUAAUACUACGAAGACAAAGACUCCGGUCCCCAUGGUGCUGAGUGCUGGUCCCAAGUGGCUGCUGGAUGUGACUUGGCAAGGAGUGGAAGACAACAAAAACAACUGCAUUGUGUACAGCAAAGGGGGUCAACUUUGGUGCACAACGACCAAGGCCAUCUCUGAGGGUGAAGAGCUAAUUGCCUUUGUGGUGGAUUUUGACUCAAGGCUACAAGCUGCCAGUCAGAUGAGUCUCACAGAGGGGAUGUAUCCUGCUCGUCUGCUGGACUCGAUUCAACUGCUCCCUCAACAAGCUGCUAUGGCAUCUAUCUUGCCUACAGCUAUUGUAAAUAAAGACAUAUUCCCUUGCAAGUCCUGUGGUAUUUGGUAUAGAAGUGAGCGGAAUCUGCAAGCACACCUCAUGUAUUACUGCAGCGGGAGACAGCGAGAAGGGGCCCAACUGUCCGAAGAGAAUGAAGAUGGCGCACAUCAGAUAUCCAGUGUCUGCCCCUUCCCACAGUGCACCAAAAGCUUUUCUAAUGCAAGAGCUCUGGAAAUGCACCUCAAUUCCCACAGUGGAGUGAAAGUGGAAGAAUUUCUUCCGGCUGGCGCCAGUCUAAAGUGCACCAUUUGCAACUACACUGCGGACUCCGUGAUUAACUUCCAUCAACACCUGUUCUCCCAUCUCACUCAAGCUGCCUUCCGCUGCAGUCACUGCCAUUUUGGCUUCCAGACUCAGAGGGAACUCUUACAGCACCAAGAGCUUCAUGGAGCUGGCAGCAAAGUUCCCAGGGAGAGUGACCUGGAGCCCUCUCCCAGCGGCAACGAAGACAUGUUACAGCAUGCUCCAGACUUGGGGAACCGAAACGAACUGCCUCCGAGCCAGAAGGCCGCCCAGGCUAAAGAUGCGAAUUCAGACUCAGAGCUUGACAAGUGUGAAAAGAAGACCCCGCUUUUUCUCCCAAGCCAGAGGCCAGAAAUCCAGCCGACGGCAAACAAGCAGAGCUUCUCCUAUACUAAAAUCAAGUCUGAGCCCUCUAGUCCAAGGCUCGCUUCCUCUCCUGUUCAGCCCAGCGUCGGUCCUUCUUUUCCCAUGGGCCCGUUCCUCUCUCAGUUUACUUUUCCCCAGGAUAUCACAGUGGUUCCUCAGGCCUCAGAAAUCUUAGCCAAGAUGUCCGAACUGGUGCACCGGAGACUGAGGCAUGGGAGCAGUAGUUAUCCUCCUGUCAUUUACAGUCCCCUGGUGCCUAAGGGGGCCACCUGUUUUGAGUGUAACAUAACGUUCAACAAUUUGGACAACUACUUGGUCCACAAGAAACACUACUGCAGCAGCCGGUGGCAGCAAAUUACAAAGUCCCCCGAGUUCCCUGGGAUUUCUGAGAAGCUGCCCGAGGCAGGAAGCCCCAACAAUGGUCAGAGCUCGAUCAACCUCCUCAAUGCACCGCCGCACCUUUCUGACCCCGAGAACCAGCUUCUCCAGACACCCUGCAUCAAUUCCUCGACCGUCUUAGAUCUGAUCGGGCCCAACGGCAAGAGUCACGACAAGGACUUCCCCAGCCAGUCCAAGAAACUGUCUUCUUCAAACGGCAAUGAUGACAAGACGACCGGCAAGGCCGCCGAGGUGAAGAACACUGCUGGGGCUUUAGGAGAAGGAGAGAGCGAUCCGAACAAGACCACCUGCGAAGCCUGCAACAUCACCUUCAGUCGUCAUGAAACAUACAUGGUCCACAAGCAGUACUACUGCGCCACCCGCCACGACCCUCCCCUGAAGCGAUCGGCCUCCAGCAAAGUGCCUGCCAUGCAGCGAACGAUGCGCACACGCAAACGGAGAAAGAUGUAUGAGAUGUGCCUCCCAGAACAGGAGCAGAGACCCCAGCUGGUUCAACAACGUUUCCUUGAUGUCGCUCACCUCGGCAACCCUUGUACGUCCACUCAAGAGCCCACGGAAGGUCUUGGGGAAUGCUACCAUCCCCGGGGGGAGAUCUUCCCAGGAAUGGUCUCCAAGCACCUAGAGGCAUCGCUGUCUAUCAACAAAUGCAUGCCAGUCUCCAAAGGAGACAGCUCCCAGUCUACCAUUUCCUGCCUGGAGAUGGAUGCCCCGAUAGAUCUCAGCAAAAAGUGUCUGUCACAAUCCGAGCGGACAUCUGCGUCUCCCAAGAGGCUGCUAGACUACCAUGAGUGCACCGUCUGCAAGAUCAGCUUUAAUAAAGUGGAAAACUACCUGGCCCACAAGCAGAAUUUUUGCCCCGUCACAGCACAUCAGCGCAGUGACCUGAGUCAGCUCGACGGCAAAGGAUUCCCGAAUCCAGAGAGCGAACGAAACAGCCCUGAUGCCAGCUACGAGCGAAGCAUUAUCAAAUGUGAGAAAAAUGGGAACUUAAAGCAACCAUCUCCCAAUGGAAACGUAUUUUCCUCCCACUUAGCAACUCUCCAAGGACUUAAAGUCUUUAGUGAAGCCGCCCAACUCAUUGCUACAAAAGAAGAAAACAAACAUUUGUUCCUUCCUCAAUGCCUUUAUCCCGGAGCAAUAAAGAAAGCAAAAGGAGCAGACCAGCUUUCACCCUAUUACGGAAUAAAGCCGAGCGAUUACAUUUCUGGCUCUCUUGUCAUUCACAACACUGAUGUGGAUCAAAGCACAACGGCCGGAAGCGAAUCUCCAAAAGGCCAGAUCUCCUCCAAUGGGUGUGUUGUGCAGAAGAAAGAAUCUCUGCCGCUGUUGCCCAAAAAUAGAGGCAUGGUCAUAGUGAAUGGUGGACUGAAACAAGAAGAGAGGCCUGCAACAAACCCCCAACAGGAGAACAUUUCCCAGAAUCCUCAGCAUGAAGAUGGGCACAAGUCUCCCUCAUGGAUCUCUGAGAAUCCAUUAGCUGCCAAUGAAAAUGUCUCUCCAGGAAUUCCUUCCGCAGAGGAACAGUUGUCUAGUAUAGCAAAAGGUGUGAAUGGGUCUACACAGGCUCCCACCAGUGGGAAAUAUUGUCGCCUUUGUGACAUCCAGUUCAACAAUCUGUCAAACUUUAUAACUCACAAGAAGUUUUAUUGCUCAUCACAUGCAGCAGAACAUGUCAAAUGAAAAAAAAAAAAAGGUAAUCUUUGGUACCAAUGUUUAGUAUAUUGUUCCAUGCAGUCCAAGGAAAACUGUUUGAAUUACACCUUGGGCAGUCAGUAAGCAAUUCAUUAUUGCUGAGUUGAAGCCUGAAGGUGUAGUUUUGUGACAGUCCAUUAGUAAAGUGUAUUAUUGGUGCCAUUUUCAAAAAAAAAAAAAUUAAUUUAUUUUACCAGCAGUAUUCAUAGCUGUGGUUAUGUUAUUUUUUAUUUAAAAACUUUAUAUUAAAGUCAUUUGUAAUGUUAUUGUAUAGUUAUUGUGUAGCACAUAUGGUUUGCACUGUAUAGUAGAUUUUAAAGAAAAUAGUCACAAACAAUACAGAAAAGCAUUUUAGAACUAGCUUCAAAAGCACUUGUGUAUCCUGAUUAUUUUUUCUUAUAAGCUGUUGCAGAUAUACGUAUGUGCUAAAAUAUAACUUGCAAAGGUUUUUCAAAUACACCUACCGUAAAGUCCGCCUUAAGCUUUCAAUUGUUGGAUGAUCAGGCUCUGUUUGCACUUUAUAUUUUAGCAGAUACAGUUCCUUAGUCAUUAGGCUUUGCAUUUGUAUGUAGCGGGUAUGUUCCUGUCCACUUUCUUAAUCUUAAACAUGUAUGUUAAAUGAAGAUGGCAAUUUUUUUCUUGUAUAGUACUUGUAUUUUCUUUCGCUGAUGCAUCUGUCUCAGUUUUUAAAACCUUUGCUGUUAAAUGCAAUACUUUAUAAAGAAUGAACGAAAUUACUGGAAGCAGUAUUGUAAUAAGUAAUGUGGUCUUAUCAAUCUGUUUUAUCUUUUGAAAGGCACAGUCUAAACCUAAACCUUAAACUCAAUGCUGCAAGUAUGAAUUUAAUUCAUAUAGAAGAUCUAUUUAAAUAGAAGAGUAGCAAUACUGCACCUGGUGAUCACAAUGAUAAUGUUCUACUUCUGAUAGAAAUGAUUUCUCAACAAAUGUUGUUACUAUGCAUGUAUAUGGAUGGAAUAAAAUUCCAGAUCGUUGGAGAA